UGCGAUAAGAGAAUGAGUUGUUUACACACGCUCAUGAUAAAUCAGUAGGUUGUUUUACGAUGCUUCAAAUCCGUCUCUCUUAAUUAUUUAUUCGAUGCGGUCCUAAUUAAAUUUUAUAUUCUAUGAAUGUUGGGACAAGACAUUUUGUGUUACUGUGAGAUGUCUGGAAAGUGAACAAAAAUUCGAUGAUUCAAGCAAUGGAGACGGUGCUUAAGCCUCCCGACGGGGGUUACGGUUGGGUUAUAGUGUUCGCUAGUGUCCUAAAUAAUUUCUUAAUGGUGCCGCUAAUCCAGAACGUAGUUUUAAUCUUCAAAGACAAAAUGGAACUGGAAAUCGACAUGACUACCACCCAGAUGUGGUUUGCCUUGAAUGUUAACACAUGUUUCGGCCAAAUAACCGCUUUAUUCAAUAACUUAUUGUUAAACAGAUUUGGAUAUCGAAAGGUGACUCUCGCGGGAGUUACUUUUGUCUUUUUUGGUCUUGGCAUGAGCUCAUGGAUCCAUAAUUAUUUGGGGUUUAUGAUCACUUUUGGAUUUGUUGCUGCCUUAGGAGUUGGCCUAAAUACAUCCUCAUACACCCUAGCCAUCAAAUCUUACUUUGUACAUGAACAAAACAAAGCGAUUGGUCUCUCAAUGACGUUAACAGCUCUCGGACCGAUUCUGAUGCCCCAAAUUAUUAAUUUGUUAAUACAAAACUAUCAUCCUGAUGGCGUUAUUCUGAUUUUAGCUGGUAUAAUUGCUCAUGGAUAUAUAGGCGCCAUCUUAUUACAACCAGUAAGGUGGCAUAUGAAAAAGGUACCAAAAACCGAAGAAAAUCGGACGGAUGUUGAAGGAGCUGUAGAAAUUGAUAAGAAACAAACUGAACAAAAUACGUUGGAAACGAACGAAGUUUUGGAUCCACUAAUACUCCCUCAGCAAACAGGGCCUGCCAGGCAAUAUCAACUCUUCCCUCCAAGGGAGUUCCUAAGCAACCGGAAAUUCCCUGGAUUCAGACGUAAAGACUCAAUCAUUUCCAUCAAUUAUGAACAGGAAAAUGCUGCUAUUAUGGGACUAGACUCUGCACUUGGAGGAAGUCUCUAUUCAUUAGAAUCUGUUGGUCAAAGACGUAGCUCUUCUUAUGUUGCUCCUCAACGGGUGCUCACAAAAACAACUUGGUGGAAAAGUGAGGAAAGUGUCAACCUGGAAAGCUGUUACAACCUUUUUGACGACAAAACUACAGAAUCAGAACAUACAACAGUCUCUGAGCUUGUAAAAGAUAAACAUAGUAAUGAAACUAUCAAGAGAAAUAUCGACUUUGAAGAACACAUGGUGUAUAAAGAGCUAAGUUUUAACGUUCAUAGUUUACCGUGGUAUAAAAGUUGGAUUUAUCAAGCAGUUGAAGUAUUUGGCUUGGAUAUAUUUUCAGAUUUAAGAUACGUCAGUAUUAUGAUAGGAAUCUCGUUUGCUAUAGUGGCGGAAAUGAAUUUUACUGUAUUGCUACCAUUUCUGCUUUUUGAAUAUGAACUAACUAUUGCCGAAAUUGCAGCAUUUUUAUCACUGUUGGGAGCAGCUGAUAUAUUGUUCCGAUUUCUCGCUCCUCAUAUUGGGGAUUGCUUUAGGCAGCCGGCCAGGGUAAUGAUCAUUGCUGUAUUACUUGUUAUUAUUUUGGCAAGGUUUGCUCUGAUCUACGUAACCCACUAUCCAUCCAUACUACUAAUAGCAGUAAUCUUGGGCUGCGUUAAAGGCCUUAGAGUAGUCUACAUGUCUCUAGUUAUCCCCAGUUACGUACCAAAAGAACGACUAGCGUCGGCGUCAGCAAUACAAAUUAUCGCUAACAGCUUAAUGUCGUUACUGAGCGGUCAUUUUAUUGGUGUCACAAGAACACAAACUGGUAGUUAUAUUUAUUGUGUGCAAUUUUUGAAUUGUUUAACUGUCGUGACUAUUGUUAUGUGGUCUAUAGACAUAAUUUUUAAGAAAUUUUUCCGAAAGAAAUAUUUGGAUGAGAAAGGGGAGAAUUUAGUGGAGCCUACAGAUGUUUACUAGGAAAAUUUUAAACAAUAGCAAAAUAAGUGAAAAAUGUACUGAUAGCUUAAGAUUAUAAAAUAUUAUUUAAAUUUGUUUUCAAAUAUACUGAUUGAAAAUA